GUGCGCAUCAUAUUGCAUAGCAACUGGACAGCGAAGUUGUUAGUGAUAUUAGGUUGUUUUUAUUUAUCUUUCUUUGCAUUUACGUUAAAGAAGAUGGAUAGCAGUGAACUUCAUCUGUCUGUAGACUACGUUGGCAGCAGUGGCGUUGUCUUAAGCCCAGAACAGAAGGCUGCCCUACAGACAUCACUGGUUAUUUUACAAAGUGAAAACAAAUUUAAGAAAGUGUAUUUUUGGGGGAAAAUCCUGGGUACAAAAGGUGAUUACUUCAUUGCACAAGGAGUUGGGAAGGAUGAGAUGACAGAAAGAAGAACCUUUUAUAGCAAAGACUGCGUCCACUGGGGUCUACUUCCACCAGCAACCAAAAUCAUGAGAGACACCAGCAAGUUGGCCAAGGGCAGGUUCACAGGGGACCCCUCAUUUGAAUUUGAGCACGUAGAAAAGAAGGCAGUUGGUGAAGGUGAAGAGGCGACAGAAGAAGAGGAGACAAUAACAAUCAAGGAAGAGGAUAGACUUUCAUCUGUUAUUGCUGAUAUUGAUGAAGAUGUGAGCAUAGUUCCAAGAGCAUCCUUUAUUAAAACCCCAAAAGGUGUUGUGGAACCCAACAGAAGCUUUGAAGGCCUGACAGUAUCAGAAGCAGCUAAACUGUGCUCCUACAUGCACUUCCGAGAUCCCAAAUUGCUUCUUGAGAAGACUUUGUUACAAAAGGCUAACAUGGACAAGUCUAUCGACUUCAUGGACACUCUUGAAGAGGACAUUCCAAAGGGUUCCUGGAGCCUGCAGUUUGAACGUGGCAGUGGUCUGCUGACCCUGCGAAGCCUAUUGUGGCUCGGAUACAUCUUUUACCACGUCCCUGGCACACGAAAGUACGGCUCAGUGUACGUGGGGACAGGGGAGAAGAACUCAGAUCUGCCCUUCAUGUUGUAGACUUGCAGUGGUGGACAGUGACUUACAUUCUUUCAUUAAGUAUAUGUGAUUUGUUUGUAUACUACAGUGUACUUAAACAAGUAUAUUCAUGAAGACUAUUUAAAUUGUUUCUACAUUGUUUAUAAAAUGCAGAAAAAAAUACUAUUUUUACUGUUUCAAAAUUGUUUAUAAAAUUCAUAAAAUGUUGUUAAGAAAUAACUAUUUGAUAAGAAGGUUGUGUCAUUUUUUUCAUUAAUAUAAACAAUGUCAUAUGUUGUACAAAUUUCAAAGAAGAAUUUAGCUAUUAAAUCUUUAUUUGCUA